UGUUUUACAGUUAAUACAGCAAUAGCAAAUCUUUUUCAAAAUGUCCAGUGAAGAGGUCCAGGUGGCGGUGUGAGCCGUCGCCAUGGUGACGACUCUGAUCCGCAUCCUGAUCCUUUGAUCCGCUGCUCAAAUUUUCAGGCCAGCAGGCAGGACACGCUUGCCCGGGAUGCCGCUCCUUUGGCGGCGACUCAAACUCCUCGGGUUCCUGUUGGUCCUGUGUGGCGCUUCGACAGACUCUGUGCCAACGCCGGGGGUCACAGGCCACCCGCUUCCUGUCCUGUGGAUGCUUCCGGGGCCUUCAGGCGGGGGAGGAGCCAAUGCCAGCGCCGCCGGCCUGACGCUGGCCGUCCGCAUGGCUCUCGAGGACCUCGAGAGACAACCGGCGCCCCUCGGGGAUUACCACAUGCAACUGGACGCGAUACAUGCACAGUGUGACCUGUCAUCGUCCCUUAAAUCUCUCUUUGAUGCGAUCUGGGCGGGGCCAAAGUACCUGCUCCUGCUCGGAGGGGCGUGUCCCGCAGUGGCAACUCGGCUAGCUGGCGCUCUGCCAGCUCUCCGGAUGGUUCAGGUGUCUUACGGCGAUGAGGCGUCCCGGCUGUCCGGCGGGAAACGGCACGGGAACGUGUUCACCUUGGCGCCGUCGGGUCGAGCUGUCAAUCGGGCGGCUGUCGAGCUGCUGCGGCGCUUCGGCUGGACGCGAGUCGGCCUCGUGGCCGGAGAGUCAUCCUCGGAGAUGACUAAGGACUUGAAGAGUCGGAUGACGAUGGCCGACAUCCGUCUGGUUUCCGUGACGACCCUCCCGGACCACAACUGCAGGGGCCUCGUGGACAUGAAGGAGCGUGACGUGCGCAUCGUCAUCGUCACUCUCACCCAACCCGAUGAAGGUUCCCUCUCUCCAGUCUUCUGCUGCGCAUCCAGGCUGAAGAUGUUUGGUGCGCACCAUCAGUGGAUUGUGGCGGGUGGAGACCCAAGAUGGAGGCCCAGUUUUCAGGCUACGAGCUGCACGUCCGAUGAGAUCACGGCGGCGGCGGACGGCGCCAUCUGGCUGCCCGUCAUGCGCGUGGGCCGCUCUGACACGCCAGGGGUGUCUGGACGGACUCCUGAAGAUUUCGAGCGAGCCUACCUGCAGGAGAUUCGGCGCCACCCGGGGGUCCAGGCCAGCCCCCGCCAUGCCUUGGCCUACGAUGCCGUGUGGGUGGCGGCCAAAGCUUUGAGUGGCCUGACGGAGGCGCUCAAGCGUCGCCACAAGUUCAGCAGAAACGCCGAGGUCACCGAGGAUGAAGCGGCCAGUGCCCUGAGGGACGCCCUCGCGCGCACCCACUUUGAAGGCAUCACGGGGACCGUUUCCUUCCAACAUGGCCGCCGAAGCUCCUCCGUUGACGUCAUCCAGACUCAAGGCUCCGCUGGAGUGUUGGUGGGCCAGUUGGACAUGAAGACACGCGAGCUGCGAGUCUCCGAGCGUCUGCUGAAGUUCAAAGCUUCUUCGGCGCCCAAAGACGGCACGGAAGUGCGCGUGGAGCGCCGCCGCGUCAGCAUCCUUGUCUACGGCGGCCUGUCCGCCGCGGCCACGGCAACGGCCGCCGUCUCGCUGAGCGUCUUCUGCGUGGUGGCCGGCUGGCGGCGCUUCGCCGCGCGGGCCCGAGAAGUGCUGCUGCUGAUGCUAACGGCCGUCUUCCUCUCCGCGACAUCCGUCAUAGCCGGCGGCCCCGAUGAUGACUUUCUGGGCCCCAAGACGACGCGCGCGCUCUGCUCGCUGCGCGCGUGUUUGCUGGUGGCGUCUCACAGUCUGGCAUCAACGUCGCUCUUGGCCCAAACGUGGCGCCGUUUGUCAGAAGGCAAGGUUCCGUCCGCCUACCGCCUGGCCUUGGUCUUGACCCCGGUGGAUGCGCUCCUUUUGUUGGCUUGGCAGACGCUGGCGCCUCUCGGGCGGGUGGAGAUGCGACACGGACCGGAGAGCGACUCCAUCCAUCCGGAUGUCGUCACGUGGAUUACAUUCCAAUGCUGCAGCGGCAACGACAUGGACGCCUGGACCGCCGCCAUCUACGCAUACAAAGUGCCUCUCAUGGUGUGUGGGUGUUUGCUGUCCUUGCUGCUCCCCGACCGUCAUGGAGCUAGCGGCAGUCCGUGUGUGUGGUGGUGGGCACGGGUGGGCACGGCAUGCGUGUUGUGGACGAGCACGUGGGCGGCCACGGCGCUUCCUCUGCUUUCCCACAAUCCUUCCCUGGAUUUCUGCACGCUCAACGUUGUGCUACUCGCCUGCGACAUCAUCGUCCUCGCCAUCACGUUACGAGGCCAGCUCAUCGACACAAACGUCAACGACGGCGGGGUGGACGUGGGGGGCGGGGCUCGGGAGAAACUUAAUUGGCAGCUGCAACUUCAAAGUAUUGAGCUGGAUGCACAAAUCCACACGCUAAGCAUACAGCUUUGUGACAUGUGGCAAGCACAGCUUGGCCAGCGGCAGACAGGAAGUAGCGUCACGACAUCACAUGAUGUCACCGACAGCGACGUCAACUCGCCUGAGCUCAUGUGUCGGCGCAUGUCGCUCCAGCUCCCGAUCCUCCAUCUUUCCUACCUUCCCGCCAUCGGCGGUGUCAGUGCGAGUGACUCCGCCAACUUCGCCAGCUGGGACGCCACGCGCACCAACACUUAGCGGCCGACCGGCGGACAAAAGUUACGCAUCCACUUUUUUUUUUUUUUUCAGGUCCAAAAAUUUCUUACUUCUUGUUGUUUCAUAUUUUCUACGAUUUCAUCA